CAAAUCAGUAUACGAUGCUUCAGUGGUACCGUACAAGUUAUUUUUGCAGAAAACAUCUGGAUUUUGAAAUUUAUGCUCUGGAAAAAAGAUUUACCCAAAAAGACAAACAAAAUCCAAACCACCACCGCCCCAACCACCACAACCACAGCUUACGACGAUCACCACCCAUCCACAAUCAAACCCCCAGCGAUCAUCACUUCUAACCACCGCCUCCACCUCUAUACUCGCCGGCGAAGGUAACUGGUAAGAUGUUCAGGGAUGAGUCGGCAUGCAACACUUACAACUAUGGUGACUCCGUUUACUGGGAUGCUCGAUACGUUCACGAGGCCUCCGCUGGUUCAUUCGAUUGGUACCAGCGUUACCAUGCCCUUCGCCCUUUUGUUCGAAAAUAUAUUCCAAUCUCUUCUCGCGUCCUUAUGGUUGGUUGCGGCAAUGCCGUUAUGUCAGAGGACAUGGUUAAGGACGGGUAUGAAAGCAUCAUGAAUGUUGACAUAUCUUGUGUGGCUAUUGAAAUGAUGCGACGGAAGUAUGAGCAUGUUCCUCAGUUGAAGUACAUGCAGAUGGAUGUUAGAGAUAUGGGCUUUUUUCUGGAUGAUUCAUUUGAUAGUGUAAUUGAUAAAGGAACUCUUGACUCGUUGAUGUGUGGAACUGAUGCUCCAAUUAGUGCUUCUCAAAUGCUGGGGGAAGUGAGCAGGAUCCUUAAACCUGGAGGGACCUAUAUGUUGAUUACAUAUGGUGAUCCAACAGUGAGGAUGCCUCAUGUAAACCGCCCAGCUUAUAAUUGGACAAUAGACUUGUACAUCAUACCUCGGCCUGGAUUCCAGAGGGCACCGGGUUCAACCUCAUCUCCUAAAUCAUACCUGUCACCUAUUCCUACGACGGAUAAGGGGCUGCUUCCUGCUGAUUUUGUUUUAGAAGAUCCAGAUUCUCAUUUCAUAUACGUCUGCAGAAAAAACUCGGAUCUCACCAAUUCAUUAACACUUGAUAUUUGAUCCCAUUAAGUAAACACAGGAUGAGCAGGUUGUAAAAGUGAACUAGUGGUUAGAGAAUGCCAGAAGCUUUAUUUCUUCUCUUUGUGCAUGGCAUGGCAUGUCAUGUCAGUUUCCUUAUCCUUUAUUUUUAUCAUCAUCAUUAUUAUUAUUAAUUUAUUUUAAUUCUAUAGGAAGGAAACAUGAAUAAAUAUGAGAGUCAAAUAUUAUGGGAUUUAAUUUGUUGGUGGUGAUUGAUUGGUAAAACUAUGUUUUUAAAUAUUAUCUGAUUAAAAAACAAAAUGUAAAAACACUUGACAUCUGCUCACUUCAGUUC